UCCUCUUGUUUAGAGCCUCGCAGGAGCGUAUGUAGAGGAAGGUCUAUACCUUAGCUAUCCGACAGAGAAGCAGAAAAAUAAAUCUUCUGGUUUGAAUUAUGGAUAAGAGCCCUACGCGAUACAAUGUACAGCUGUAUAUUUAUGAUUUAUCAGAGGAAUGGCCCGGAGCCUGCAGUCCUAUCAUGCUGGGAAAACAGCUGGAUGGGAUAUGGCACACAGCUAUAGUGGCAUAUGGUGAUGAGUUCUUCUUUGAGGGGGAGGGGAUCUCCAGCUGUUCGCCGGGUGGGACUAUGCUGGGGCCUCCUGACACAGUGGUGGAUCUCGGCGAGACUGAAGUGUCUGAGGAGAUCUUCAUGGAUUACCUCUCCUCUCUGGGCGAGAGCACAUACAGAGGUGACAGGUAUCGCCUGUUUGAGCACAACUGCAACACUUUCACCAACGAGGUGGCUCAGUUCCUGACAGGCAGGCCUAUCCCUUCCUACAUCACUGACCUUCCAUCAGAGGUCCUCUCCACACCGUUCGGCCAAAUACUGCGGCCCAUCCUGGACUCUAUUCACAUCGCCCCUCCAGGAGGAAACGUCAUCAACGGGGGAAGGAACAUCUAACCUGAGAGAGAGAGAGCGGAGUGUAGUCAUGUAGCUGUUCACACUUCUGAGGAUCUUCUGCUGCUGACUACAGUGGAUGUAAAUCUUUAUUGAUUUUCAGUGGAUAAAGACUGACAAGACCAGGAUGGCUGAUUCUUAGUUUUUUUUUUUUUUUUUUAAAUCAUGCUUUGAUUUUGCACUUUAUGUCUUUGUUAUUAGUAGCCUCUUGCUAAUUCUCAUCAUAUGUUCUUUUGUACCUGUAAUCUUUGUCUUUAUUGUUUGUGUUUAGAUCAACUAACGUGGUUGCCUACUUACGUGAUCACUCCAUUUGUCAAAGUGAGCAUGAUGUGACGUACAGCAGGUGAUUGUCUGCGCCGUACCAAGGUUUGUAAGACCAGAGGUGUUUUAUAGACUGUAUGUAAAAGAUGGAUGUAUGCACUAGAGAGGGUGCAUUGGCUUGUGAAGCCUCCACUUGAGCAUUUUUGCCAUCCCCGUUUUAGUAUUUUUGAACUUAAUGUGGCAACUGAGGGCUGGGUCUGACUGGAAAACAAUCAUGAGGUAGCUGUAACCUAAAGCAUACCCUGUUUUAAUGUAUAUGUUACUCUAAAGGGAGAGUAGUUAACAAAUUUAACGUCAUGGUGUUUUCAGUUAGAUGUUGAAGUAGUGCUUGACACCUUAAACUCCUCAGACAAAUGUUACUGUUGUCAUAGAUAAAGUGAUGUGGUGUCAUUUUUCUCAUAGACUUCUACACAGGCUUCUUUUGCCUAAGUCGCCCCCUGUUGGCCAUUAUGACAACAUUGCAGGCGUAAGCCACUUAUCCUCCUGAGACCCAGAAGAAAAAAGGGUUUAAUAUUUCUGCCUUAUUUUUAGAUAGUUUAAGUAUUGUGGUCUAAAGAAACAUGCUCUGUCCCUUGUAGUGGACAUUGGGUCUUGCUUGAUCGCUGGAUUUCUGGUAAAAUGUAUUUUUAUUUCAUGAACAUUAAAAUAGGUGGAUGAUGAUGGAAGCAGAUCUCAACACAAAAACAUAGUUUUAAACAAAUAAUUUCUCACAGCCGAGCUUUUUGAUUAAAUGUCAUUCUGCACACCUCUAACCUCGUGGCACUAACAAUGAUCAUGGCAGAGGGCUGAAAGAGAGAGAAACCAUGUUACUUAGAAUUUUAGAAGGCGCGUAAUACUUAGUGCUCUCAGGAGGCCAGACAGAUCAGGAAGGUCAAAGCUCAGAGUAGGACAUACCAGCUUUUGAGGAGCCUAGGUAGGGCCAAAGUGAUGAUAUCUGAAGUGCAUUAUGGAUAAGAAGUAAUGUGUGAACUAAAGCCCUGAUGUUCUAGGAUUUGGUUUCCCUGACACAAAUUUCCAUGCAGGACAUCAGCCUGUGAAAGGAAUCAUCUCGUCUCAGCAGAUUGAGGCAGCCUUGUUGCACUCUGAUUAAGAGAGGUCUCACCUUUCAGAGGGCAUGGUUCUUUUUCCCUUUAUGUUAAUUUGAUGGACUGCUUAAUCUGGAAGAGUUAUUCCAGUGGCUAUGAGAUCCCAGUAUACCCGGAUCUUUGGUUAAUCGAGUCAUGCUGUGAACACGGAUGUGCUGAAGAAUGUUUUCAGCUCCAAAAUGUUUUCAGUUUUUAAGGCUGAUAAAGGAGAGAUGAAGGAGGGAGAUGAACACCGCCCCUUGGUUUGUGUACUUUGACAUUUUCUUCAAAAACCUCGUUGCCAAUUUACUACUCGGGCUUCCAGUCUUGUUGGUUGUGGGCAGCGUUGUCCUGUUUUCAUGUUUCAUGUUAAAAACUAUUUCAACUCUGUUGAAAUUGGGUUAAUAAAGAAAAGAGUGGAAGGGUUUAAUGAACUUUCAGCAAAUAUAUCAAUUUGACCUCACUUAGAGCGCAACAAGGCUGCUUCAGUGUGCUGAGAUCAUAGAAGGCCUGUGAAGAUGAACAGAUGAUUCCUUUCACAGGCUGGUGUCCAGUAUGGCAGCUUGUGCCAGGAAAACCGAAUUCCACAACUUUAGAUCUCUAGCUUCCACAACAUUUCUUAUCCAUAACGGAGGGUGGGUGCCGUCCCUUUGUCCCUACUCAGGCUUCUCAAAAGCUGAUCUCUCCUCCUCCAAGCUGUCACCUUAUUGCUCUAAUGUUGGGACCUUCUCCACUUCAUCUCCUGAAAGCUCCAAGUGUGACUCACCUUCCACGAUGCUGAAUGAAAUCCUUUCUCCCUCUUUCAGCUUCGUCUUUCCUGAAAUAUGGGCACAGGUUGAAAACAAGAGGUAGCAAGUCCUGUUGUCCACUACGAAGGACACUGAAUAAAAGCUUUGUUUUGAAAGGGUUAAAAUGAUUGUAGAUUUCUGAAAUCGUACUAAAACAAAUUUAAGACUCACAUUGAAGAAAAAAUUAGAUUUUUAGCGACAAAAACAAAAUAUCUGUAACAAAUGUAUCACUUAACUUCCCUUCUUGCUAAAAAUGUGGAAGCUGCAAUGCCCGCCAUUGUGAAAAUAAAAUUGUUCUGUUAACCACAGCCCCACAAAUGUGGCAUCACUAGAAAGCCCAGGAUGUCCUCUUGACAGUACUGAAAUAAUCACAUAAAUUGCAUAAAGGGUGCUUGAUGUACAGGUCUCAGACUCGCGUCCACUACAGAGGACAAAAAUAAAUUGCUGGGUCUUGGGACAUUAGCUUUAUUUGUCAGACCUGGAAGCUCCAUCUGUGUUUUCCAUACAGUCUAUGGAGGCGGCUACUGCUUAAACUUGCUGUGUAUGCACCUCUAUAGCAGGACUGGGAUGAAUGAACUGUAAAUUCUCUGUAUAUGCAAGUAAUCCCUGGCUUUCAAUAGUUAAUUGCAGAGAGGAUUACAGUCUGCACAGUUCCACAGUGUUGUAAAUAACUUUCCUCACAAUCGCUGUCUCUUUCCUGAAAACAAAAAACAAAAAAAAAAAAAAGGUGUUUGGUUAUUUCUGAUUAAGCUGAAACAUUUUGAGGAAUGACCUUGUUUUUGGUGUUGAGUCUACUGAAAGUGAUGUGUGUCCCAGUCCCGCUCUGACAGAAAGUUGUUGUAGGUGCUUCUUGGUCUGAAUUAACUCCAGAAAUAGAUGCUGAUCAUAGAUACAUUUUCUUAUAUAGAUAUAUUUUUACAACUGCCUGUGAUCCAAAUGCCAUGACAGUAAUUCUAAACAAUAGCACAUUCACGUGUGCAGGUGAUGGUGACCUGCACUCUUAAUAACAUCCCGCUUGAGUCCUUUAACAACCACCAGAGUGUGUUUUAAAAUACAAUACACCUCUGUGCCUUCAUUCCCCUCUGCUUGGCUGUAGUUACAUUGUUGGGAGUUGGCAUGGGUUUCAUAUAGCACACGUGAUAACAUCCUGUACUGUCUGCAUGAUAAGAAUCUGAUGCUAUACAAAGGGAAAGUGGUUAAAAGUAGUAGUGAGCCAACAUGCAUUAGAAUAUUUACUGUAUAAAGGGCAAAGUGUUAGAAAUAUUCAGAUUUAACUUGAGUCCAGCACCAUUUCCAGCCCAUAAUCUCGUUACACUCAUCAGUAAACACACACACACACACAGCUGACUAAUUUCAAUAUAAUGAAUUCAACAGGUGACAUUUGUUAGUGUUCAUCUGAUUAAGACAGUGUUGAACAGAGUGAAGGCUGAAAGAAGCACAGAAAAACAGAAAUCUCAGAGAGUGAUUAAACCAGCAUUAGCUCCCAUCAUAUGUUCCUGUAAUAAAUAAACCCUGCGCACACCAUCUCCAUCACCUGGCACAGCACUUUUGGCAUGACUCUUUCUUUGUUGCACGUGUGCAAGAUAACGGAGCUGCAAGCUUCUUUUCAAAUUUAACCUGACUCUUGAAAAGCAUCAACAUACUUUUAAAGGAUGACAUUAUAGAAUAUUUCCUUUCAGCAAGCUUGGAAGACUCAGGCAAACCUGGGCUCUGUAAAUCUGCCUUCUGCUAACCAACUAACUCGUAUAAUAACCCGACCGCUGAAAUGUAUUAAGUCACCCUUUGUUGCUCUGAUUUUAUGUUGUUGCUGGCUGCUACCUGUAAUGUGAAAUUGCAACAGAUAUUUAUAGAUAUUAUUUCCUGAUUUAACUAAUAACUAUGAUAGAUAUAUUUAUGCAUAUUGUUUGUAUUGUUUGUGUGAUUGUUUUUUUGUAAUUCUACCUAUACAUAAAGCCAUU